CCGGGGCCAGCCUCGCCAGAGCCCUGCCAACCGCCGUGAGUCAUUUCCUUGGAAUCCUACCUUUGGUGUUUAUUUCCCUUAGAAGGAAACUUGGUUAAAAAAAAAAGAAAAGAAAGAAUAAUCAUAGCUCUUAUUCUUCAGGAGAGGCGCACGGCUCCGGCACCGUGGAAAGACAACUUGCCUUUGUUCCCAGACACUUGGGGUGUUGUUUACUUUAUCCUGCGGCUGCGGGCCGGCAGGGCUCUGCCCGUUUCCCCCUAGAGGGACUCAGCACCGACCCCCCGGGGUGGGGUCUGGGUGGGAACCCGGACACGGUGGCUGCUGCCCGCCUGCAAGGGGUCGGUCUCCAAACCUGGGACCCCAGUCUUGGGCCUGGGAUGAGGACACCUGGCGCUCGGGCUCGGACGCCCGAACACCUCCCCCACCCCCUCUCCGGUUCAGCAUCCGCAUUCCCAGCCCCAGUACCCGACCUAAAGCUCUUGGCCUUUUGGAGCUGCAGCCGAGAAACGUAUUUCCCAGGGCAGACAGGUGUACUGCAGGGACUGGUAGAAAAGCAGCAUCUGUCUAUUUAGAAAGGUUGAGGAAUUUUAUUCCUCCCACCCAGCUGCUUCCACCACCACCAUGAGCUGUUGAGACCUUAUUAGGGACAGUGUCAGGUCAAGGGCUUGAUUCCACCUGGGCAGGACAUCCAAGACCAGUAGCAUCAAAGGUGUAUUGAAAAUAUCAGCCCUUUACUUCCCUGCUUUUCGGUAUUAGAAUCAGACCUCUAAUUGCUAUAAUGCUCUUAAUAAAAUGUUUUCCAAUGGUAGAUGAGGGGAGGGGUGAGCAGAGAAUGACCAGGACCCCCUGUUAGAUAAGAAGUACCACUGAAUCUGCAGCUACCCUGUUCUGUGUGCCAGCCACUCCUAUUAGCAUCAUAAUGGCUCAAAAGGAAAGAAGCAGCCCAAAUCAUCUAGAAAAACCAAAUUGUAUAGAAAUGCCUAGUGACUCUACUGUGAACAUUGGCUGGAAAGGUUGACAUUUUAGCCCUUGGCCUCCCAGGAAUGGUUGAGGUGUCAUCCUACUACAUUCCCUUGGCUUACAAAACAGUCCUGCAGGAGCCUGAGGAUAAAAGGAUAGGGCCUUUUUAUUUUUUAGAUUUUAAACCCUUGUGUAGACAGAACAUACUUUAACACCCUUCUUUUGAAUCCACUCACCUCUGACAUGAAAAAAAAAAUUUGCCAUACAUAUAUACCUUUGUGACUCUAUCUAGUACUAACAGCACAUAAAUUUGUGGACUUCAACUUCUGAACUCAGUAGCAGAAUUAUAAUAUAAAUCUCAUCCUACUGAGAAAAAAAUGAUAGUUUGUAUGUGUAUGCAUAAUACAAAUAAAGAAUCAUGUGAAACAUUGGUGCUUAGCGCCGCAUAGUCAAUUCUUCAUGAACAUUAAACUUCCCUUCUUAAUUUGUUAACGUCCCAGUAUACGUUCUAAAUAGACUAGGAAGACUCAAAUUGCAAAAUCUCCUCCCCGGUCCCAAAUAAUCCCAACUCGUUUAUAUUUUAUUCAGACUUACAUGAAUCACUUGUGGAACUCAGCCUUACAAAACUCAACCUCUCCAGUUUUGGAUUUUGUGUGUAAAGGUUCCCAGUUCAAAAAAAGAAAAACUUACUGAAACUACAUAUCAUAAAGGAAAGAAAUAGCCAAGAUAAAAACUAUGAUGCCAUGCUUCAAGUUCAAAUGCAUAAUAGUAGAAUUUCAUGUUCCGGAAACAAUACUAGCAAAUGAAAACACUGAAAUCCUUAACAACCCAGAAACUACAACGAUACGUCAUUAAAAUAUAAACAAACUCUUAACAUAAAACAGUGCAAGGCCCAUAUAAUGUCCUGUUAAAUGAAGGUAAUUGCUGCUUGGGGCCUGCAAAUGCUUCAGUGUCUUAAGGAGUAUGGAUUUGUCAACCUGCUUUGGUUUAUUUGUAAUGCAAGUUCCAUGUAGGCAAAAAACUUGGAUCUUAUGCCCAGCAUCCAGCACAAAAGGGAGUGUAAAUUUCAAGCAAGAAAACGCUGUUGCAGUCAGUAAGACAGGGCUACUGGCUCUGAGAAAAAGAGGGUAUCAUUCGUACGCUCCAGGCAGUAGCACCUCCUGAUAAAGUUGUCUGUUAGAAUAGGUUAAGAAAUUGGACCAUUUCAUGAGAGUCUCCCAGUGAAUAAAUUAUCAUGAGGUUUGACACCUUGUUCGGAUGCUGAGUUGGAGGGGUGAAAGAAUGGCUUAGUUUGUGAAAUCAGUGUAGUCUAAAUUUCUUGAUUGAUGACCCAAAGAGCAAAGUAAAUGGCCUGUUCCACCAUUUCUUGUUAGAGAAUUAAUCGAACCUUUUUUUCUCUUGUAAUAAGGUUUUCUAAUAAGUCCUUGCUGCUGCCUCUUUGGGGGGCAUUUUUUUUGAAAGAAAGGGAGUAUGUGGUUUAACAGUCCAAAUCAGCUGGGUCCUAAUUCCAACCACUGACCUAGACUUGUCCCCUGUCUGUCAGAAGGCCUGGCUCCCUUCUUCAGUGAGGCUGGGACAGAAUUUUGGGUCUCGGAGAGAAGCCUGGUUGACGGAUGGAGUCAUUGCUGCCAUGAGCUGCUCUGUUAGCCAGAAGGACGUUGCCACUUAAUGAAGCUAUUUCCCCUUCCCCUGGUGUCUUUCCUCCUUUUACCCAGAAGUGGACCCUUGUUAUAACAUGUAGGUGAUAACAGUCUCCCACGAGACAAUAGUCAAUGCACCCUUUCCCCAAAACAUUACAAGCUGUAUAAUUUGGAUCAGAAAGCAAGAACUAGACCCUUAGUGUCUGUUUGAAAGACAAUCAAUCUUCAAGAAAGCAGGCCUGACAUCACUCUUUGUGACAGUUCUUGAAACAGCAAAGUGAGACAGCAGAGGUCUGGGUCUCGUAAAAGAACUGGCGGUUAAUAAGGCACCAAGGCAGCUUGGCUGUCACCACUGAUCUAUGGCCCCAGGAGAUCUUUUUGCUGUAGACCCUCUUCUUCCUGGCACUCACUCCUGAGCCUACCUUGAGCCCUACUUAGGACCAGGUGAAGACCCUGAGCCCCCACGGAAAUGGCCCCCACCACCGGAGGUGUGGAAGAGCCCAGGGUGCAUCUCUGAGCAGAAAGGCCCCCAGUCUCCCCGCAGGCUCCAGGAAAGGGCAGGAACUGGACAGAAGGGCCGUGGUGUGUUGCCUCCUGGAAAGUUUCUGCCUUGUGUCUGGGCUUUGCAGUGUACAGUUGUCGGCUGCCUCUGGCCCUGGAGCCCUGGCUCCUGUUUAAUAUUCUGCCUGCUCCGUGGAUGUUGUGCUUGGCUCCUGUGGGACUGCAACUCACGGCUUGAAACUGGAGCCAAUUUUCUGUCUUCAUCUCUCAGUGUUUUGACUGGAGGCAGAUCCAGUUCAGGCCGAUCAGGGCUGGUGGAAACAACUACCAAGUGUGUCUCUGUCUGCUCCGCUUUGGGGGAAGAAAGUGGCGGGAGCCCCAGAAUGUUGUAGAGGAGCCGGCCCUGCGGAAAGAGAGGAAGAGGGGGCAGCGGGCAGCGGAACAGACUGAACCUGAGAGCAUCAGUAGGGAUUACGGUGAAGAUUUCUGCCUCCCCCAUCCUUUUCUUUUGAUUGAUUAGCGGAUUUCAUCAAAGGAGACUCUCGGGGGAUUGACUAGAAAAUUGAUUUUGCCUUAUUAAUAGAAAGGAAGCAGCAAGGGUUUUGGCCUUGCCUCUUAGCGGUACAUUUUCUGCGGGGAAGGUCAGAAGGAAAAUGUGUUUAGGAGGCAAAGCAGCUGUCUGGAAGAGGGCUGAGGGGAAUCUGAGAACAAUAAGAAAUGGAGUUUUAAAGAUCCGCCCAUGUUCAGAUUGCUGAACACAGAGGCUGAGCUAAUAGCAGCAAGAGAGUUGGCUGAGGUUUUCUUUGAAAAAAUAAUAAAAUGUUUCAGGGUGAAGGGGAGGACCGAGAAGUGUAAGUUUCCCAAAGCAAAGCAAGGAAGAUGCCAAGGCCAUCCCCUGGCUGGCCCUUGAUUAGGGCUGUUUUCUUUUUUUUUUUUUUUUUUUCCAGAUCUGAGGCUGUCAGAGAUGACUCUGGUUCUGUCCAUGAAUAGAUUCUGCGAGCCCAUUGUCUCGGAAGGAGCUGCAGAAAUUGCCGGGUACCAGACACUAUGGGAGGCUGACAGCUAUGGAGGCCCGAGCCCCCCAGGGCCAGCACAGGCUCCUCUGCAGGGAGACCGGGGAGCUGGUCCCCCACUGCCAGGAGCACAUUACAGGGGAAUUUCAAAUCCUAUAACAACAUCCAAGAUCACAUACUUUAAGAGGAAGUAUGUGGAAGAAGAGGAUUUUCACCCACCACUCAGCAGCUGUAGCCAUAAAACCAUCUCAAUUUUUGAGGAACGAGCCCACAUCCUUUAUAUGUCCUUAGAAAAGCUAAAGUUUAUCGAUGAUCCUGAAGUGUACCUCCGAAGAUCUGUCCUUAUAAACAAUUUGAUGAAAAGGAUCCAUGGAGAAAUUAUCAUGCAGAAUAACUGGUGCUUUCCCGCCUGCUCUUUCAAUGGCCCCUCGGCCCAGGAGUGGUUCAUGGCUCAAGACUGUCCUUACCGAAAACGACCUCGGAUGGCCAAAGAGGAGUGUGAAAAGUUUCACGCCUGCUGCUUUUACCAAGAAUGUGGUGGUCACUACCUAAAUUUACCCCUUUCUGUCAAUGCUAAUGUCGGAAGUGCCUCCACCACGGCCUCCUCCUCCUCCUCCUCCUCUGCCUCCUCGUCCUCCUCUUCCUCUCCCCCUCUGCCUUUACCGAGUUGUUCCCACCAGGUGGAUUUCGAUGUAGGGAGUGCACCUAUUUACAAGGGUGAUGGCCAGAUACCUGCCAGUGAAAUCUUUGUCACUAAUGUCAGGUCACUUGGUGUUCAGGAAAAGGCCAAAUUAAAUGAUGAGAAAGCAAGUAAUGACAACAACAGGGAUGGUGGCCCCCUACGCCAUGAACCUGUGGGAAAUGACCUUGAUUUUGAGUGCAAAGGCCAAUUUUAUGAUUAUUUUGAGACUGAAUAUAAUGAAAAAAACAAUGUAAGUGAGUCUUGGAAAAAGUCCUUAAGGAAAAAGGAGCCUUCACCAAGUAACAAACUGUGCUGCAACAAAGGAAGUAAAAUAUGAGCCAUCUUCUCACCGAAACUUUGAAGCAUGCACAGCAUGAUCAAUUAGCUCCCAUAAAUUUUAUUUUGAAUGGAUUUUAUAGUUUUGUACAACUGAUAAAAUUAUGCCAUGAACAUGCCGUGUCGUUUUAAUGCCUGGAGAGCAGAUUGCAUAAAACAUCUGUAUAGUAGGCAUCAGCGAGCUACUUAUAAAUGUGGUGAUGUUACCAAGAAAACAGUUGACUUCAUGCUUAAAAGUAUAUGUUAGUUUUCUUACAGAAAAGAUCCGUAGAUUAGACUGGGGGCUGAUGUGCCCUUGUGAUAUUUCCACUACCCCCAAGGAGCCUGUCACUAGCGAAGAAACUUCCACAUGUUUGCCAAUUAAUUAGGUAGUUAUUUGGUAAGCAAAUCAAUAUAACCAGCAAAGGAGGUCUUGCUUCUUCUAUCUGAUACAGUAUUUUUUUCUGAAUAAAAGACUGAAGACAGGGAACUAGAUGAAAUGGCUUCAUGGUGCUGUUAAGUAUUUGGAUUUAUCAGUCAUGUGCGACAGAUGAAAGUAGGAUAGGACGGAAUGAAACACACCUAUCCAGGGGCAGCGACCAACAAUACGAGGGUAAUCCCUGCAAGUCCCUGGCUUGCCCGUGAUGGGUGAUGAGGCUUUUAGAGAGGUAUGAUACAGGGCGAUUUUUGGUGCCUUACUUUAUCUUAAUUUUUGCCAAUGUGAAAAUUAAGGAUAAAUCAGAGUACAGCAGGGAUUUAACAAACAGGAAAAAAAAACACAUAUACACACAGGGUGGACCUUCGAACAAUUGCGUUCAACUUUUGAUUCGACAUCUCUAUUCUUCCUUUAUUUUUGAUGCCCAGUUGCUUUUGGAUUUGGCAUUUUUGGAAAGGGAUGGAGGAAACGAUGGAGCUGUUAGAAACCAGCACUAGCUGCUCGAGCUUUUCUGUGGCAACGGUCUGUUGCUGGGGUUUGGGUUUUUUGGGUUUUGGGUUGUUUUGCUUUGUUUUCUUGUCCAAUGAAGUUCAUGAACCAGUGGCAUGCGUUAUACUUUAAUCUGUUUUGCAUUAUUCCACUCGUUUAGAUUAUAAAAGCAUGUGGUUUUUUAUAUAUGACUUUUGCUGUUGAUUAAGAAGCACAAUGUUAAUAAAUGAUGUGGUGAUCAAUAAGGUUUUAUCUUAAAGAAUGUAAAGAUUUUAGUUGGGGAAAGUUAUUUUGGAGAAAUGGGACUCGGUCGGCAAAAGCUACUGUGUAUUUGGUCAACAUUUUUCUCAAUCAUGUCUUUAAUUUGUACAUUUGAAAGAGUGUUCAGAGUGCCCCCUCUGACCAUCCUUCCUUCCACGCCAACCAGUUCCUCCUGCUAAACUGUAUUCCCAUUUCCAAGGUUACUCACUGACUCGGGCCUCCUUACACAAUUCUUCAUGGGAACCAAAUGCCAAACUGAGGAAAUAAGUAAGUCCUCCCAGUUUCUCCAAGAUAAAGCUUUUUUUUAUUAUUGCUAUUAAUAUUAAAUAUAGGUCUCAUUCAUACAGUGUAUGAGUAGGAUCAUCAUUUGGACAAUGUCCACAAGGACCAAUUUUUAAAACAUGUUCUUGUGUUAUGGCUAAAUAGUCUAGUAAUGUUUUGUCCUUUAUUUUCAAUAUUUGAUAAACAUUUGAUGUUGAAAACUUAGAUGAUAGAUGCCUGUAUAUGAUUGUGUUGUUGUAAUAAAGUGAGGUUUUUCUUGAUAUAUAUUUAUUAAAAUGAUGAAAAUUCA